AUGUCCCCAGCUCUUUUUAAUAUUCACAUUAACGAUAUUGAGAACUCAAUACCAGAUGGAUUAUCCAUAAAUAUAUACAAAUACGCGGAUGAUUGUACACAGGACGAAGUGGUGUCACAAGGUUCAUCCAGCCAUAUGCAGGAGGCCCUUGAAGCAGUACAAGAAUGGUCUAAUAGGAACAAAAUGACGAUAAAUUGCAAGAAAACAAAAGAUAUGUGGAUAUGUUUUAACACAGCAAUACCGGCACAAGAACCAUUGGUCAUUGGAAACGAGGCAGUGGAAAGAGUAAAUUCUCAUAAACUGUUGGGUGUCUGGCAUCAAAACAAUUUGAAAUGGAACUGUCAUGUCAAGAACAUUGUAAGGAAAGCAAAUAAACAAAUGUUUAGUCUGAGAGAAUGCAGUAGAGCGAAUCUUCCUCCUGAGGUCGGUAUUACAUGUUAUGAAUCCAAGAUUAGACCUGUUUUAGAGUAUGCAGCUCCGAUAUGGGGUGGUUUACCACAAUAUCUCAUUGAUGAAAUAGAGGGCAUUCAAAACAGAUGCAUCAAAAUCCUCGGCACAUCUCGGUGCGACUUUGAAACGCUAGAACAAGGAAGGGCACACCUAACUGCUAAGGAAUACCAAAGAAUUCUAAGUGAUCCGACCAACCCAUGUAAUAAACUUAUCCCCCAACCUUUUACCCAUGAACACGAUCUAAGAACAACAAAUAAUCUACCAUAUGUUGUAUCGUAUACUAAAAGACACCGGCAAUCCUUUAUACCUAGAGCUAUAUCCCUUUUAAAACAGUCCUAA